GGCUCACGGAAACGCGUAUUAUAUAUAUAAGCUUCAUCUUCAUCUUCUUCUUUUGCGGCGGUGGUGAUUUCAUUCGCUUUUUCAAUUCUCACUUCUCAACACAGGAGAAAUAACUUCUUUUAUCUAUCGUCUUCUUUAACUAGAUUCGAGCGCCGCAUUGUUUUAUUUCCAUCCUUGGUUCUUCUACCAAUUGCAUCUCGGAAUCCGAAUCCUGUCAAUUCUGAUCUAGAUUUAGCAGCUUCAUACGCUUUAAAUAUUAGAUCCACGAAUUCAAUUGUUGCAGUUACUUAUCGGAAGACAGAUAUUCUUUUGUACAUGCAUUAAGGAUGAAAGGAGGAGGAGGAGGAGGAGGAGGAGGCUUUUAUGGCCUGAAGGGAACUCAACUCUCUCUCGUACUCUUGGCUCUUGUAUGUACAACCCUUGUUAUUUGGGCAUGCGACAAAUCAUUCCUUCUUAGCUCCAUAAUUCCACCUCAAAACGUUGUUGUGCAGCUUUCUCCUGAGAUUGUUAUUGCUUCUUCAGAACCACAUAAUAAUGCAUCUGCCAUGGAAGUUGAGACAGGCUUAACUGUAACUUCACUUCAUAAGGACAAAACAAUUGCCAAAAGCUCUGAUGAAGGUGUUGUAUCCGAUGUUGUCGAGAAAAAAACGACAAUGUAUACAAAUAUCACCAAAGGAGAAGAAGAACAAGAAGCAGCUGCACCAGAAUCCACAAAUAUUAUAGCCUCCUUUGUUAAAGAGAAUGAGAACAUUUCACCUGCAGUAUGUAACUAUGCAGUAGGAAAAUGGGUAGUUGAUGAUAACCGGCCUCUUUACUCUGGCUCUGGUUGCAAGCAGUGGCUGUCGGGAAUGUGGGCUUGCCGUCUCACUCAGAGGACUGAUUUUGAAUAUGAGAAGUUUAGAUGGCAGCCUAAAAACUGUAAGAUGGAAGAAUUCAGUGGGUCCAAAUUCCUAGAAAGGAUGCGAGAUAAGACUCUUGCUUUCAUUGGUGAUUCUUUGGGUAGACAGCAGUUCCAGUCACUGAUGUGUAUGAUCACAGGCGGUGAAGAGGAUUUGUUUCGUGUUGAAGAUGCAGGAACGGAGUAUGGACUUGUUAAGGCUCGUGGUGCUGUACGUCCAGACGGAUGGGCAUACCGCUUCCCUACCACCAACACUACCGUUCUCUUCUACUGGUCAGCGAGUCUUUGCGAUUUGGAACCGCUUGAUCCAACAAAUCCUCUGACCGAAUACGCGAUGCAUCUUGAUCGACCACCGGCAUUCUUGAAGCGUUUUAUCGACAGGUUUCAGGUUGUGGUUCUCAAUACCGGGCAUCAUUGGAACAGAGGGAAGCUUAAGGCAAACCGUUGGGUAAUGCAUGUAAACGGUUCUCCCAUCAAAAAUUCGAGAUUGGCCACGAUUGAGGGAGCCAAAAAUUAUACUGUUUACAGCAUAGUGAAUUGGGUAAACUCGCAGCUACCCAAGUAUCCGGGGAUGAGAGGAUUUUAUCGGGCUCUUUCGCCAAGGCAUUUCUUCAACGGAGAUUGGAACACGGGAGGGACUUGUGACAGUACAACCCCUAUGUCGAGAGGGUUGGAGGUGUUGAAAGAGGAGUCGGAUGACGUUGUUGGUGCAGGGGCAGUGAAGGGCACGAGCGUCCAGCUGUUGGACAUAACGGGAUUAUCACAGCUGAGAGAUGAAGGACAUAUGUCGCGUUACAGCAUUAGAGCGACGCCUGGCAUGCAGGAUUGUUUGCAUUGGUGCUUGCCUGGGAUUCCAGAUACUUGGAAUGAAAUUCUUUUUGCUCAAUUAUAAGGUUCAACUGCAAGCAGAUCGAGCUGUGGGUGGAAGUGUUGACCUUUUAAAUCAACCAAGCCAAGCCAGACAUCGAUCGUUUCUUCAAGAGAUCUUGUUUGAUGUAGAUUUAGAAAGAAAAGGAUGGUCAAUCGAAGAAGAAGGCAGCUUCAGCUCAUUACUACUACCAGCCAACCGCUUUCGGAUAUUAAUCAAAGACAUUCUCCUCCUCGGACAAUACAACAUAUAUAGUAACUUCUUAAUUUCUUCAACUUCUUAAUUUCUUCAAAUUGUUUGUGUCUUCUUGGGUUAUAAUUUGGUUGUAUCAUUCAAUUAAUGAAAUCUUACCUUCAAAGUUCGUGUUUAAA